AUGGCUAAUUUCAAAAUAUCAAAUACCAGUUUUAAUCAUUUACAUUCAAACGUGGUAAGAUCGUCCAAGAAUGACGUUCUACAACAAUCACAACAAUUUUUUAAUGGACAAAAUUUAAUUGAUUUGAAUAAAAUUUUUAAAAAUGAUACAAAUGAAAUUAAUCGUAUACAAAAAGAAUUUGAAAUGAAUGGUUGGUGUUUUGUUCAUUUACCGUUCGAACUUACUCAAAAUGCAACAGCUCUAAAUUCAUUAUUAACAACAUUUUUCAAUCGUGAUCAAACAUAUAAAGAAAAUUAUGCAUUAAUCAAUCAUUAUGGUUACUCACGUGUUGAUCAUAAAGAAAAUAUAAAAUUAUUAACAGGUGAUCAUUUAAAUGAAAUGUCAAUGCCAAAUGAUGAAGUAACACAAGUAUUACACAAAUUAUCAAAUUUCUUAGAUAGACUAACAAAACAAUUAAUUUAUUUACUUGAAAAAUCGGUAUUUAAAAAAUCAUCUAUUGAACUUCGACAACAAGCAAAUCUUCCAGAGUCAACUGGUAUGUUAGAUGUUGUUUAUUAUUUAAAUAAGAAAAAUGAUUUGAAAGAGACACCCUUUGUUGGAUACAGUGUAGAAGAAGUCAAUUGUGUACCACAUUUUGAUCCUGGGCUUUUAUCAAUUAGUUUUUUAUCGACAUGUGAGGGACUACAACUCAAAAAUCUCGUAGAAAAUAAAUGGAUCGAUGGUCCUGUGAACACGCUUUUAUCGCAACAGCAUAUUGGUGUCAUAUGGUUAGGUGAAGCGGCUGUCAAAGCAACAAAUAAUCAUUUAAAAGCUGGUAUUCAUCGUGUCAUCUAUCCUAAACAAUCUCAAACGCGAUUAACCGUAUGGUAUGAGAUGUGCACAAAUAGUCAGUUAGAAAAUCUCAUGGAAGAUGAUGAUCAAAUGGACUACACGCUGGCUGGAUCAAUCACAUUUUCCAAUUUACCUGAUUCAUUACCUCUUCCAGUUUUAGAAGGUGAUAAGAAAAUAGACCUGUUAAAACGUAUGGAAAGGUCGUUUGGUCUAUCAAUGAGUAAAUCUGCCCCUUCUAUUACCAAUUAUCAGCCAAAUCAAUUAUAUAAUGGAACAACAGAACCUACAAACUCGUUUCACUAUUGGAAUCAGUGA